AUGCGUUUGUUCAACCGUUACUACCCUAAAUCAUAAUAUUUUAGAAUCCUUAUCUCUUCAAAUACCUCAUCCGCCGCCCCCAGCUCCCAGUCCGGUCCGUCCUCAAACUGGCGCUCGAAGGAUGAGAGCGCGGCGAAGGCGGAACCUCCAUUGACUGAUACCUCAAUUAUGCAAUCAAUCUCAUGGUUCAUCUUCAUGAUAAUCUUCAGAUCAGUGUACGGGUUCUCGGAGGUCUUUCCCACUCAAGUUCUCAGCGCCUAUGGGGCGAGGGGACCCUUGAGGAAUGGAGGAAAAAACGAGGAAAACGAUAUUCUUGAGCAACGAAUCAGUCAGUUACAAACAGCACCGCCAGGUAAGAAUUCUUAAGCGCCGAUUGAGGUAAUAAAAAUCUCAAUCUGUAACUUCGUAACUAUACAAUCAACUUGUCCUUCUCCAGAUUACAAUAUCGGAGUAAUCCAAGUUCGUCUCAGUAAUUGGACCACAACUCCUCCACCUCGACCUCCCAUGACCUCAGCCCUCCAAUCGGGCCCAGAGACCCCUAUUCACCCUGAUCCUACCCGUCGAGUCAAAACCCGGCCCCGUCAACAACAUCGUCGACGUCCCUCAGACAAUCCAGUGCAAUAUGACGACGACUACGUCGAGAUCACUCCCAAACCAAAGAUGGCUCCCAUUGACAACACAUUCCUCUACAUGCUGGCCGCUAUACUUCUGGGACUUGUUUUGCUAACCACGACCAUCUACAGCAUCAUGUGGUGCAUGUCGUGUCGAAGAAGUCGGCCGGAUAAUGGAGUCGACAUGCCAACCAUGACAUUCCCGCCCAGAUAUCAGUACUAUGACAGCUCUCCAUGGCAUGGAUCGGAGCAUCGCGGAUCCUCCGAGAUGGAGAGACUCUUCAGGUAGGUCGGAAGCUUAUUUAAGAUACUACCCAUGAGGAUUAGGGAAAAUUUGGGAGUCCACUUGCAAACUCUAACUAUAUUAUAUAAAACAAUCAGCUGGUUUAUACAAUUGGCAAUUUCCUGCCGGUCUUCCACAAGACUAAUUUUUUUAUUCUGACAAGUUGAAGAUACCUUGUCACAACUCGCAAAAGUAUGCUAACAGACUGUAAAUAACAAAGGGCAAUAGACGACAUUACAAUUAAAACAAACUUACCAAUCGCCAAAGAAUUCGAAAUCUGCAAGGUCGUGAACGGGGAAUACAAGCGAAAACAAGAGAGGGAAGUUGUCAAUGGAGACACUGCAGCCGGCCAUGCGACGACAAAGAAAGCAGUGCCCAGAAACGGCACGUAAUUUCAAAAUUUCCAAAAAUUUCCGGCAAUUUCUCGAAAAGGAGCGCAACUUUUUGGCCAAUCAGCGAUCGGCAAAAUGGGCGGAGCUUGAAAAGACGUAAACAUUCCUGAGGUUUCUCCAACGUUCCGGCCACAACAAAAUGAGGGUAUAAAAGCCGGAGCGCGCGGCUAGAGGUCAAGUUCAAUCAAAAAUCGUUUGAAGUUUCAAGUUCCCGACUUACCUCAAGAUGUCUCUGUUGCUGUGGGAUCCAUUCCGCUCCUCCAAUGGCUACGCUCUGAACCCGUGGCGCGCCCUCGACUCGGAGCUGCACCAGCUGGAGCGCAACCUUGGCCAGUGGGACUUCAAGGACGGCUUCACCUUCAGCUGCAACGUUCAAGGAUUCAAGCCCGAUGAGAUCGAGGUCAACCAUCAAGGCGACGCCGUCACCAUCAGCGCUCAUCAUAAGCAAGCUGGACCGCAUGAGCAGUACGAGAGAACCCUGAAGAGAACCAUCCGCAUCCCUGAUGGCUACGAGAAGGAGAAGGUCCAGUGUGAUUUGAAUGAGAAGGGCGAGUUGGUGAUCAAGGCCCCGAAGAUUGGAAAUGGCAAGGAGUCCGAGAAGAGGUCCAUCCCGAUCAACUUCAAGAAGUCCAAGGCUGUUGAGCACAAGAAGUAAAUCUCAAUCAGAUCUCUUAUUGUUGUUAUUUGUAGUUUCUAUGUUUCUAAAUUGUAAUUUUUUGGAGAAACCAAUAAACUUGUAUUCUAUAAGCUAUUUUCGGAGUUUUUGUGGAUCUAGAUAUACUUCAAUAGGCUUGAAAGUAGGAGGGGAUUACUCAAAAUUGUAAGGCUUGUGCGCUAUUAGAAGCCAAUGUUAUUUGAUUUCAGAUCGGAUUUGGAGUUCAAGCGACCUCCGCUAGUGGCGCCUCCUCCACCGCCGCCUCGGGUACCCCCACCCCCCGUUCCGCAACACCUUCGUCCUCAUCCAUCUUGUAAGUUUCUUUGUUCAGCCCCUGACUCUCUUCCGUUUCUAUCGCUUUAGGGCAUGUUCAAUCUCUGCGGACCGCCGGAAGCGGGAUCUCCUUGAGUUCGCUGUCUCCGUAGCCAAAAUUGAUAAUUGCGCAAAUCUUUACAUUCUUUGUCAUCGUCUUUCUUUUUUCUGGAAUUUUAUGAGUUUUAUGUAGAGGAAAGCGAAACUAGCUAGGGUAAUAAAAGUUGAAACAAAUUAAAAGACAUUCGACUUCGGACCUAGUAAUAUCUAAAUUUCCGUCUUACCUAACCUUCUCUUCUGAUUACUAACUUAAAACGGAUUCCCUCUCUAAUCCACGUUUUUCCCAGAGUCGCCAUGAGUAAACUCUUGUUUGGCCCUAACCGUUUUCCCGCUUAAACCUUUGCCUAAACCUCACCCGACUCCUCUAAAUUCUGAAUUGUGGAGCUGCAGAUCAACGUCGACGGCCCCACUACACGCAUCGAGACUCGCCGGUGGAGCGAGAGAUUCGGCUUCAGAUGUUGAAGAGACAGAUAAGCGAAUCCACACUCUCCACGCGGACACGGACCAACAGCUUCUGAUCCGACGAUUCUUUUCUGGUGAGGUUUUUGUUUAUACCCUGAGAUUACCCCCAACUUUCAUGUGAUAUUAUUCUAUAUUACAGUAGAACACAUCACUUUUAUAAUAAUCCUCGUUUGUUUCGCGGAGAUAACGGUACGCUACCUCUGCCUACACGACCCAAUUAUUUUUAGGCUUUAAACCCGGUUUAA